UUUGAACAGGCACCAAUGUAUGUUGCUGUUUUUACUUUCCUGGGUUUUGGAGUGGGAACAAUAUUUGGCUACCUGCGAGAUUUUAUGAGAGCCUGGGGACUAGAAAAACGUAACGUUGCUGCAGAGAGAGAACAACAAAAAGAUUUUGUGCCACUUUAUCAAGAUUUUGAGAACUUUUACACCAGAAACCUCUAUAUGAGAAUACGGGAUAACUGGAAUCGUCCAAUUUGCAGUGUCCCGGGGCCUCAGUUUGACCUCAUGGAACGUGUUACAGAUGAUUACAACUGGACAUUUAGGUUUACAGGAAGGACUAUCAAGAAUGUAAUCAAUAUGGGUUCUUAUAACUACCUCGGCUUUGCAGAAACGGAUGUUAAUGCUUUGAAAACUGUGACCAUAGAGUUACAAAAAUAUGGGACAGGAAUCUGCAGUACCAGACAGGAAAUGGGCACCCUAGACAAACAUGUAGAACUAGAGAAACUUGUGGCCAAGUUCCUUGGUGUUGAAGAUGCUAUGGUGUUUGGCAUGGGCUUUGCAACGAACUCAAUGAAUAUUCCAGCCCUUGUUGGGAAGGGCUGCCUCAUUUUAAGUGAUGAGUUGAACCACACUUCUCUCAUUCUUGGUGCGAGGCUUUCAGGUGCUACUAUUAGAAUCUUCAAGCAUAAUAAUGUACAGAGCCUUGAGAAGUUGCUGAGGGAUGCAAUAAUAUAUGGGCAGCCUCGAAGCCGCAGAGCAUGGAGAAAAAUUAUCAUCCUCGUGGAGGGUAUUUACAGCAUGGAAGGGUCCAUCGUGCGCCUGCCAGAGAUAGUCUCCUUGAAGAAGAAAUACAAAGCCUACCUCUACUUGGACGAAGCUCACAGCAUUGGUGCAGUGGGAGCAACAGGCCGAGGAGUUGUGGAGUACUUCGGUAUGAGUCCUGGUGAUGUCGAUGUAUUAAUGGGAACGUUCACAAAGAGCUUUGGCGCAGCUGGAGGAUACAUAGCUGGCAAAAAGGACCUUGUGGACUUUUUACGAACUCAUUCUCACAGUGCUGUGUACGCCACAUCUAUGUGUCCACCCGUAGCAGAGCAAAUCAUCAGGGCAAUGAAAUGUCUCAUGGGACUAGACGGGACAACACAAGGGCUCCAAAGAGUGCGCCAGCUGGGGAAAAACACAAGAUACUUCAGACGAAGACUGCAUGAAAUGGGCUUCAUCAUUUAUGGCAACGAUGAUUCUCCUGUUGUCCCCUUACUCCUUUAUAUGCCUGGUAAGAUAGGGGCUUUUGCAAGACGCAUGUUAGAAAAAAAUAUCGGGGUGGUUGUGGUUGGAUUUCCCGCUACUCCUAUCACAGAAUCCAGGGCUCGGUUUUGUGUGUCAGCUGCACAUACACGGGAGAUGUUAGACAUGGUUUUGAAUGCUCUGGAUGAAUUGGGUGAUUUUCUACAUCUGAAAUAUUCCCGGUAUUCCAAGUCAUCUCAUCCCGAACUGUAUGAAGAAACUAGGCUUGAACUUGAAGAUUAAGUUUUCCACCCAUGAAGAGAACAUUAUGUUGCUAUGAAAGGGGGGAAAACCCGAAAACUAAAAAAUACGAAUGCAUUUCUUCCCUUUUAAGGACAAUUUUUGUUUUUCAGUUAAUUGAAAGGAGGGGAAGCUCAGGUGUUGCAUUUUAUUGUAUCAAAUUUCUGUAUUCAAGAGACUGAAAUAUUGAUACAGAUUUGCCUCCCCAGGAGAUCUGUCCCUCUUACGGUAUUUUUGAUGCAGAAUGAAUGCAUCCAUUGAUCGAGUUGCUAACGUACAGCUUUUGUUAUGGCCCCUUUUUAUGAAGAGGCUUCAGAUA